ACCCAGCUUCCAACGCACCAACUGGUUUGGACCAGUUGGAAGAGAGUGCAAGCUGGUGAUGGAGAAGGUUGGAGUAAUAGACCUGACACCUUUUGGCAAGUUCAUAGUAAAAGGGAAGGACUCACACAAGCUUUUGGAUCGCCUCUUUGCCAACACCAUGCCCAAGGUGGGCAUGACCAACAUCAGCCACAUGCUGACACCCUCUGGGAAAGUAUACGCUGAGGUUACCAUCACCCAGCUGGCACCAGGAAGGUUUCUGCUCGUCACAGGUUCCGGUUCGGAGCUGCACGACCUCAG